AUGGCGGCGAACGACUACUACACCACGAAUCCCGCACAUCACCCCGUCAGUCCUUACCACGACUAUCCAGACCCAACCCAUGCGCCGCUGCCACCACUCCCGCAACAGUCGCCCUUUGGUGACGGCUCGCACCCAUAUUCACACCAGACUCCCGCGCAAUCUUAUUCAGGCUCGAAUGCGCGCCUAAGAGACGAUGCCGACCCCUUCGAUGACAACCAAGCCAUACCGCUGAAUGGCAGAAAGCCCAAGCACGACUCGGCCCACACUGUCUCUCCCAUUCUGCCACACGAACAAGACGAUCCUUUUGUGAGAGAUGUGCGUCCUGGGCGGAAAAGAAAGCGAGACACAGCGACACCAGACGGAGAACAAGGCUGGUUCAAGGGCAAGAUUACCUGGGUCGUCUACGUCUUGACCAUCGUACAAUUGGCCGUCUUCAUCGCCGAGAUCACUAGAAACGCCGUCCUUACAAAGUCGCCCAUCGAGAUACAUCCAUCCUUCAACCCCAUGAUCGGCCCCUCGCCAUAUGUCCUGAUCAACAUGGGAGCAAGAUACCAGCCUUGCAUGCAUACUAUGCCAAACGUGCAAAACAGCAGUAUUAACAUCUGGUGGCCAUGUCCGAACGCUACCGCUACCACCGGCGACAGCGUUACCUGCCAGCUUUCCGACCUCUGCAAUUUCAGCGCCGACCGCAACCCCAAGGUCAACGGCUCGUUGGACGACAAGCCAGCGCCCGAUCAGUGGUGGCGCUUUAUUGUCCCAAUCUUCUUGCAUGCCGGAAUCAUACACAUCGGCUUUAAUCUACUCCUGCAAUUGACACUUGGUCGCGAUGUUGAGCUGCUCAUCGGAAGCAUACGAUUUGCCAUAUUGUACUUUGCCGCCGGCAUAUUCGGCUUCAUCCUCGGAGGAAAUUUUGCUGCCACUGGCAUUGCAUCGACUGGCUGCUCCGGCAGUCUCUUUGGCAUUCUGGCUAUCAUCCUUCUGGAUUUAUUGUACAACUGGAGAGAUCGACAAAGUCCAAUCAAGGACCUAUUGUUCAUCAUUAUUGACAUCCUGAUCGCAUUUGUCCUCGGCCUUCUACCGGGAUUGGACAAUUUUUCGCAUAUUGGAGGAUUCGUCAUGGGUCUUGUUCUUGGUAUCUGCCUGUUGCGCUCGCCCAGCUCUGUCGCCCGACGCACAUCUCAGCUCGACCCAUUCUCCUACCAGCAGGUCAUGACUCCGGCCUCACGUAGCGAAGGACUGAAGAGCUUCGUCAAGAAUCCUCAAGGUUUCUUCAAGGACCGUCGCGGCGGUUGGUGGGCUUGGUGGCUCGUACGCGCAUUGGCGCUGGUUGGUGUGCUGAUCGCCUUCAUCCUCCUGCUCAAGAAUUUCUAUGUCUGGCGAACUGGCUGCUCUUGGUGCAAGUACCUGUCUUGCUUGCCAAUCACGGUGAGCGGAACGAAUUGGUGCAAUGUUGGUAAUCUCGACUUUACAUCCACGAACCAGACCACGAAAAGAAGCUUGCUUGAACUCACGAGGCAUGUAUUUGAACCAGCAAGGCAUUUGUGAAGGCAUUAGCAUAUGAAUAAAUUGGCAUUGCGACG